CUUCUGACAGCCAUGGGGAAAGUGUUCCAAUUCAGUCAGACGGUGGUGGUGGUGGGGAUCGUACUGGGGGCUGCAUCUGUUGCAUCCAUCAUUGGCCUCGCUGUGGUCUACUCCCAGGAGUUGGCUAAGAACGCUGAGCCAACAGUGGAGGCCACCACCACGCCCGCUUCCACCACCACGCCGACACCGUCUAGCGAGCUCUGGGACCAGUACCGGCUACCAGACACUCUUAAGCCAUACGAAUACAACAUCACCCUGUGGCCUCACUUGACAAAGAAUGCAGAUGGCUUGUACAGCUUCACUGGACACUCUACUGUGGACUUUGAGUGCGUGAAGGAGACAGACCUGAUCCUCAUUCACUCCAACAAACUCAACUUGACCAAGUCCAGCGGGCAUCACGCAACUCUAACUGGACUUGGUGGUGCAGUUGCACCAACUAUCAAGACCACAUGGCUCCAGGAGACAACAGAGUACCUGGUCAUCCAGCUCAACAGCAAACUAGAGCCAGGAAAGUCUUACCAACUCUACACCAGCUUCACUGGGGAACUUGCUGAUGACCUGGGAGGAUUUUACAGGAGUGAAUACUAUGAGGGAACAGAGUUGAAAGUUAUUGCCACAACUCAGAUGCAACCGACUGAUGCUAGGAAAGCCUUUCCCUGCUUUGACGAGCCGGCCUUGAAAGCUAUCUUUUACAUGACUCUCAUCCACGAUCGCAAAACUGUAGCCCUCUUCAACGGCAUGGAGAUUGCUACUGUCAACACAACAAUGGAAGAAGUGGAGGUGUCUGUAACCACAUUUGAACCGACGCCGAUAAUGUCCACCUACCUGCUGGCCUUUGUUGUUUGUGAAUUUGACUUCAUCAGGACUCCAGCAGCAGCAGAAGUCUUGAUCCGCAUCUGGGCUCGUCCACAGGCCAUUGCUGAGGGCCAGGGAGACUAUGCCCUGAACAAGACAGGCCCCAUCCUGGACUUCUUUGAGAGAUACUACAAUGCUACCUAUCCACUGAAGAAAUCAGAUCAGAUCGCUCUUCCUGAUUUCAGUGCAGGGGCCAUGGAGAACUGGGGACUGAUCACCUACAGAGAGACAGCCCUUCUGUAUGACCCCAAGAUGUCCUCCAACGAUGACAAGGAGUGGGUGGCUACAGUCAUAGCCCAUGAGCUGGCUCAUAUGUGGUUUGGGAACCUGGUUACAAUGAAAUGGUGGAAUGACCUGUGGCUGAACGAAGGCUUUGCCACCUACGUCUCCUUUCUGGGAGCUGACAAGGCUGAGCCAGAUUGGAAAGUUAGAGACCUGUUUGUGUUGACUGUCCAUGGGGUGUUUGGCGUGGAUGCUCUGGCCUCCUCCCACCCUCUCUCCUACUCUGAGAAAGAGAUCAACACGCCAGCCCAAAUCAGUGAACUCUUUGACUCCAUCACCUACAGUAAGGGUGCGUCAGUGUUGAGGAUGCUGUCUGAGUUUCUGACGGAGGCUGUCUUUUCUAAGGGUCUCAGUACUUACUUGAAUGAGUUCAAGUAUAGCAACACAGUGUACACAGACCUCUGGAAGCAUCUACAAGCCGCGGUGGAACAGACUCCGCUUGUGCAACUCCCGUACACCAUCGAAGAGAUCAUGAACCGUUGGAUCCUCCAGAUGGGCUUCCCUGUCGUCACUAUAGAUACCUCAACAGGGACCAUCAGCCAGAAGCACUUCCUGACUGACCCUGAGUCAGUGGUUGACAGACCGUCCAUUUACAACUAUGAGUGGUUUGUGCCCAUAACAUGGACAAAGAAUGGAGUUCAACAGGAUCCUAAAUGGCUUACCACCAAGACAACUGAUUAUGCACCAAUGAAGACCACUGAGUGGGUCCUUGCAAACCUCAAUGUUACUGGAUUCUACAGGGUCAACUAUGACCUGCCAAACUGGGAACGCCUUCUGACUCAACUAAACACCAACCCUAGGGUUAUUCCAGUAAUCAACAGGGCACAAAUUGUGGAUGAUGCAUUCAAUCUUGCCAGGGCUAAGAUUGUGGACACUGUCCUGGCUCUGAAGACCACUGAGUACCUGUCCAAGGAGACAGAGUACUUGCCGUGGCAGGCCACUGUGCGCAGUCUGGAUUACUAUUUCCUUAUGUUUGAUCGCACAGAGGUGUACGGGGUCAUGCAGAAAUAUCUGAAAAAACAAGUGACACCCCUUUUUGAACACUUUAAGAACAUUACUGCAGACUGGACAAGCAUCCCCACUGGACACUCUGAUCAGUACAACCAGGUGAUUGCCAUCUCUCUAGCCUGUAAAGUUGGAGUGGAGGGCUGCUCUGAUCUAACCCUCGCCUGGUUCAAGGAGUGGAUGAAAGACCCCAAAAACUACUUCAUCCACCCCAACCUGAAGCAGACGGUGUACUGUAACGGCAUUGCUGCCGGAGGUGUGGACGAGUGGGACUUCGCCUGGGAGAUCUUUAAGAACUCGUCCAAUGCCGUUGAGGCCGACAAACUGCUCUAUGCCCUCUCCUGCACUAAAGUGCCAUGGCUGCUCAACAGGUACCUCCAGUACUCUCUGGACCCUAAUAUGGUGCGCAAACAGGACGCUACUUUCUCCAUCAUCUACAUUGCUGGCAACGUGAUUGGUCAGCCUCUGGCCUGGGACUUCAUCCGAGCCAACUGGAAGUUCAUUUUCAAUGACUAUGGAGGUGGUGGACUGUCCUUCUCCAGGCUGAUCACUGGGACCACAGAGAGAUUUUCCACUGAGUUUGAGCUCAACCAGCUGCUCAGCUUCAAGGCAGAACACGCUGAGACUGGCUUCGGCUCGGCCACCAUCGCCCUGGACCAGUCGAUAGAGAAGACGAAAGCCAACAUCAAAUGGGUAGCGGAGAAUAAGAAGAAGGUGAACCAGUGGUUGUCUUCUGCAGCAGGACAACCGUGAAUGACAAGCAACACAUGUACAGAUCGGCAACAUCAAAGGCUGGGAGAGAUCUCAACACCAGUUUAAUCGGUGUUGAUUGGUUGGAUGUUAGACAAAUGGCUUUAUGAAGCAGCCAAGCACUGCAUCAUUUAAUGUUAAAUGAUAACACUGUAAUUAGGGGUUAUAAUUAGGGGUAUAAUUUCAAUCGAUUUUAUAUCGAAAUCAAUCAAAAUUAUAUCUUAAUCUCGAACUUCGAACACAAAAGUAGAAUCGAGGAUUUGGAGAAUCGUGACACCCCUAACUGUAAUAUACCAUGACACCAGCACUUUUGAGAUCUGUAAGAUAUUUAUAUUUGUUCAAGUUUACAUUCAGUGAAGGUUUAUGGACAUGAUGCAGUGGCCUGCUAAUGGUUAUCUUUAUGAGAUUUACACAUCUGAUACUAAAGUAGAUAUUUAACAUGGUUUGGUAGAGAUGUAAAUGUGCUUUUGGUACCUAUAUUUUUUGAUCAAUAAAACACUGUAUAGAUUUAAUACUGA